GAUGAAAUAUUGGUGUGCACCUUAGCCUACUAAGUUGCUUGCACCUAUGUGCUUCCAUUGGAACUCAGCCACCUGCAGGUGGAAUGAAGUAAUGUUUUUCUUUAUAAGCUUAAUGAGUCAUUAUGCUACUAAUGGACUUGUCUGUUGCAGAAUACAACAGAGCAGCUAUUAUGCAUACGUGCUGAUGAACCUUCACAGAAUAGCUAUACCUGAUAGGGUAUUAAUAAGGCAGCUGAUCCAUAGUGAUUUGAAUUUCAAAAUUCAGCCUCUUAUUUCAUAUGACGUUAAUCUACAUCCAGGCCUGCAAGCAGGUCCUUCAACUUACAGGGAGAAUUUGGGGGUUGGUGGCAGGAUUGGCACUCUAGCUACCGGGAAAAUCUCACACUGGUCCAUUCGGCAUGGUGUGGUGCUGAGGUAUCACACGCUGCACAGCUGCACUCGGGUUAUCACCCCUGAGGUGGUUCGUUUUGUGGUGGCUGAAGCAACGCGUUGUCAGCACAAACUCCUUACCCUUCUAAUUAAGCACUAUGCAGUAUAUCAGUUAUUCAUCCAUCCAUCCAUCCAUUUUCCAAACCGCUUAUCCUACUGGGUCGCUGGGGGGUCCGGAGCCUGUCCUGGAAGCAACGAGCACGAGGCAGGGAACAACCCAGGAUGGGGGGCCAGCCCAUCGCAGGGCACACUCACACACCAUUCACUCACACAUGCACUCCUACGGGCAAUGUAGCAACUCCAAUUAGCCUCGGCAUGUUUUUGGACUGUGGGGGGAAACCGGAGUACCGAGAGGAAACCCCACGACGACACGGGGAGAACAUGCAAACUCCACACACAUGUGACCCAGGCGGAGACUCGAACCCAGGUCCCAGAGGUGCAGUCACCGAUGUGGAAAUGCAGGAACAUUACGAUGAAUUCUUUGAGGAAGUCUUUACAGAGAUGGAGGAGAAGUAUGGUGAAGUGGAGGAGAUGAACGUAUGCGAUAACCUGGGGGAUCAUUUAGUUGGCAACGUGUAUGUGAAGUUCUGUCGUGAAGAGGACUCAGAGAAAGCAGUCAUAGACCUGAACAACCGCUGGUUUAAUGGGCAACCUAUCCAUGCUGAGCUCUCCCCCGUCACAGACUUCAGGGAAGCCUGCUGUUGCCAGUAUGAGAUGGGUGGAUGCACACGAGGCGGUUUCUGCAACUUCAUGCAUCGGAAGCCCUUCUCCCGAGAGCUCCGGAAGGAGCUUUAUGGCCGCCGUCGUAAAAGGCAGACGACUGCCAGCGAUCUGAGUGCCGCAAUGUGA